AUGGAGAAGCCGGGCGACCAGGCGGGCGGAGCCCUCUUAAGAGCAGGGGUACCCUACGCGGAGCGGGUCUAUCGGAUGCUGCCCCGGACCUUGCACCGAGGCCGCUCGCUGUGGCCGGAGACCAGCCCAGCCCGUCCUCCUGCAAAGGAGGUGUCACCACUAAAGAAGGACGAUGACCAGAAGAGUGAAGAAGCUGUUGGUGCCAUGGAGCAUCCUGAAGGGGAAAUCGAAACGGAAGGGGAGGCCACAUUUGAAGGGGAAGUCCAGACUGAAGAAGUUGCGAUGGAAGGCGAACCUGCAUUUGGAGGGGAAGUCAAAAAUGAUGACGUAGUUGCCACAGGAGAAGCUGAGUUCGAUGGAGAGGUUGAAACUGAAGGGGAAUUCUAUUUUGAUAUGGAAGCCCCAUCCCCUGAAGGGCAAAUCAGUCCUACAGAGCUGACUUAUUCAGAUGCCCACCCUCAGAAACCACCUAGAGAGGAAAUUCACUCCUUAUAUGAAAGGGUUAGCACUGAAGCUGGUCUUGAAGGCUCCUACCAAGAAGCUACUGGUCCUUCACAAUCUAGAGAACAGGAAGUUAUCUCCACAGAGCCAUUCCACCAAGCCUCAGGCUCAUCUAAGCAAAAGGACCAGGGCACCUCUGGGCCCAUGGCUCACAGACUGGUGAGUAGCCCGGAGUUCUGUGAGCCGCAGGGACAGGUCUUUCCUAUGAGUGCACGACACCCCUUUAGAAUGAGCCGGGGAAGCAGCACCAUAUCCUUGGACAUGGAAGAGCCUUUCUUGCAGGAACCAGGUGUUCCUCCAGAGGAGUCCAAUGCUCGCCCCAGAGAAGAAGCCGUUCAACUGCUAAGUGCCGAGGAAAGGGCCUUGGCGGACAGAAUGGCGUCGGAGGGGAGUGACGAAGUGGAAGACGAAGGUUCCCAACUGGUGGUUUUGGACCCAGACCAUCCCCUGAUGAUAAGAUUCCAGACAGCCCUGAAGAACUACCUUAACCGGCAGAUAGAAAAGCUGAAACUCGAACUCCAUGAGCUGGGCGUGGCCACCAAGCAGAGCCGCGUCCAGCGGCAGGAGCUGGGGGUGAAUCUCUACGGGGUCCAGCAGCACCUGGCCCGUCUGCAGAUGCAGCUGGAGAAGAGCCACGACCGCCACGCGACCGCAGCGUGCGGGCGGAGGCAGAAGGAGGAGGAGCUACGGAGCGUGCGCGCGCUCUACACCAAGACUUGCGCGGCCGCCAACGGCGAGCGCAAGAAGCUGGCGACUCUGCAGACAGAGCUGGAGAGCUUGGCCCUGCACCUCUUCUACAUGCAGAACAUAGACCAGGAUGUGCGCGACGACAUCUGCGUGAUGAAGCAAGUGGUGAAGAAGGCCGAGACGGAGAGCGCACGGGCAGAAAUCGAGAAGAAAAAGCAGGACCUCUACGUGGACCAGCUUACCACCCGAGCCAACCAGCUGGAGGAAAACAUCGCUCUGUUUGAGGCUCAGAACUUUGCCCAAGCUGAGGACACCCGGAUUCUAAGGAAAGCAGUCAGCGAGGCCUGCAUGGAGAUCGACGCCAUCCACAUAGAGAAAAGGCACAUCCUGCAGCAGUGGGACGCCAGCCUGGUGGGCAUGAAGCGCCGUGACGAGGCAUACAGGGCCAUCCUGGAGGCGCUCAGAGAAUGCCAGCACCAAGCCAAGUCCAUCGAUGGUGAGAUUGAGGCUUACAAGAAAUCAAUCGUGAAGGAGGAAGAAAAGAACGAGAAGCUGGCAGGCAUCCUGAACCGGACGGAGACGGAAGCCAACCUGAUGCAGAAGCUGACCACCCAGUGCCUGACCAAACAGGUGGCCCUGCAGAGCGAGUUCAACACCUACAGGCUCACCCUGCAGGACACGGAGGACACCCUGAGCGAGGGCCACCAGGAGCACACUGCAGUCGUGGGCGAGUUGCAGGUCGUGCACCAAGCCAUCCACCAGGAGCUGGAGCUGAAGAGGAAGAUGGAAGCCUCCAUCCGCGAGAAGCUGCAAGAGCACAUGACCUCUAACAAGAUGACCAAGUACUUCAACCAGCUCAUCCUGAAGCUGCAGAAGGAGAAGACCAAUAUGGUGACACAUCUUUCCAAAAUUGACGGCGACAUUGCCCAGACUACCCUGGAAAUCACACAGACCAGCUGUAGGCUGGACGUGCACCGGAAGACGCUCGCCGAGCUGGACCAGGAGGUGAAGAAAGUCAACGAGCUCAUCACCAACAGCGAGAACGAGAUCUCCAGGCGCACAAUCCUCAUCGAGAGGAAGCAGGGGCUCAUCAACUGCCUCAACAAGCAGCUGGAGCAGAUGGUGUCUGAGCUGGGGGGAGAAGAAGUAGGGCCCCUGGAGCUCGAGAUCAAAAGGCUGACCAAGCUGAUCGAGGAGCACAGUGCCAGCAUUGUCCAGGCCCAGGUGACCUGGCUCCGCCUGCAACAGGAGAUGGUGAAGGUCACGCAGGAGCGCGAGGAGCAGCUGGUGUCCCUCGACUGGUCCAAGAAGGAGCUUCACAUCCUGGAACAAAAGAAGCUAAGGAUAGAAAGCAAGAUCGAUCAAGAGAAGAAGGAGCAAAAGGAGAUUGAGCGCCACACGAAGGAAUUGGACAACGACCUGAAGAAGCUCAACGUGCUGAUUAAUAGAAACCGGUGCAGCUCGGAGGAGCUGCAGCAGGACAACCUGGUGACCGAGAACACGUUUGUGCGCUCACUGAAGGCCUCUGAGAGGGAGACCAUGGAGAUGCAGGAGAAGCUAGACCAGCUCAGUGAGGAGAAGGCGGCCAUCCUUAACAGCCUGGUGGAAGCAGAACACCAGAUUAUGCUUUGGGAGAAAAAAAUCCAACUGGCCAAAGAGAUGCGCUCCUCAGUGGAUUCCGAGGUCGGCCAGACGGAGAUCCAAGCCAUGAAGGCCGAGAUCCACAGGAUGAAGGUCAAGCACGGGCAGCUGCUGAAGCAGCAGGAGAAGAUGAUCCGCAACAUGGAGCUGGCCGUCGCCCGCAGAGACACCAUUGCUACCCAGGCCGAGGGUCAGGGCAAGAUGGACAGGAACGUGCUCACUCGUGCAGGCUUCCACCACAAGCAGAUUGAGUUGCGGCGGAAAAUCAAGGACACUCACAAGGCCACCGAGGAGUGCACCAAGACCAUCCUGGAACUGGAAGAAACACAGAGAAAUGUGAGCAACUCCCUCCUGGAGAAGCAGAAAAACCUGUCUGCCAUGCAGGCAGACCUCGACAUGGUCGAAGCCGACCUUGACCAACUCAUGGCCCUCAAGCGACAGAAUCUCUCCAAGAUCGUGGCCCUGCAGACGCGCCUUAAGCACCUGCAGGCAGUGAAGGAGGGGAGGUACGUGUUCCUGUUCCGCUCCCGCCAGUCUCUGCUGCUGGAGCGCCGGCGUCUGGAUGAGCGCCUGGCAGCCAUCGCCACCAUCCUGGACCACGUGCGGGACGAGUACCCUCAGUUCCAGCAGGCCCUGCACAAGGUCAGCCAGAGGAUCGCCAGCAAACUCGAGUCACCAGGGCCCUCCUAGAGAGCA